UGUUAAUGUGAAGAAUGGUGCAUGCUGCAGGCGGGCCGUUGAGGUUAAGGUGGGAUUUCCAUUGCUGAGACUCACUCGAGAUGAGGGGGGACAGGACAGACGUCAGUAGUUGAGAUUCUGAGACCUGAUCUGGUGCUGCUUUUACAUCUUCCCUUUGAAGACCAGGGUGCAGUGUCCAGACAGAGACUCUACAGAAGGUGGAGAGCGUUGAACAGGAAAUGGCAGACAGGGUGAUAUUCUCGGCCCUCGCUGUGCUGCUCUGCUUAUCUGGUGCGGUGCUUGGACAACAACAGCCAGACUGCAGUCACUGCUAUAAGAUCGAACCCGGGGUCAUGGCGGGGAUCAUUGCCACAGACGUGGUUCUGACUGUCCUCAUCGUGGUCUUUGUCUAUUACUUGGCCAGCCGAAGGAGGGAGAAGAAGGAAAAAGCAGACAAGGUCUAUAUAAACAUGCCUAACAUGGAGCGGAGACCCUACCUGAAGUCAUGAAGGCAAUACAGCUUCAAGUCCCAGCAUCAUUUAUCCUGAAAUCAAAGAGGUGUCUUCCAUGUGGAGGGCAUCCUACCGUACAAUAAAUCUCUGUUUCUUAAGCACUAUAGCAUUUAUCGAUUGAUGUUGUUAUUUUGUAGAAGGAUUUAGCAUAGUAUAGGGAAAGCAAGGUGCAAACUGCAAAACUUGUAAAGGGGCGCUAUGGGCUCGCCUAGACCUCUUGAAGAGGCUGUUCAUUUCUAAGUUUUGAAUACUCAACAUGCUUGCACUUCUUAAAGUCUAAUUUGUUUGGGUAAUCAUCUUGUUUUUGAUGCUGUUUGUGGCAUCAUUUCCAGUGGUGUUGCAAAUCACUUAGUUCUUCCCCUGUGGAAAUGUAAAAGCUGUUUAUCUUCCAGCUAACUGCAGUCUGCCAGCUUCUAAGCAGCUUGGGUGAUAAAGUAUAGAACCCUGCAGGUUACAGCGGAAUACAAUAGCUCUGCAUCAGCAGUCACAUGGCAAGUCCACAGCCAGGAGCUGCGGAUACAUGCACAGCAGGAAACAACUAUUAAACCUCAAUAACGGAUCAAACCACAAUCAGAAAGUCUGCAAACGUCAUCAAAGGGAAAGUGAAAAAAGUGAACAGCGGAAUAUACAGUACUCUGCAUUUUUAUAAUUAUUAUUAUUGUUAUCAUUUGUGUGUGUGUGUGUAUAUCUGAAAGAAUAAAUAAAGCAACAUUUUCUGCUGCAA